AUGAUGGAUCCUCAACUCGUGCUCUUCCGCCGGCAGUAUCUCCAGCUGUUUGAGCCAGACUUCUUAGCUUGGCCGCCAAAACAGCUACUGAGAGACGCAGAUGUCCAAUCAUGGCUCCACGCAAAUCUCUUCAACAGCGACAAGAAUCCUAGGCUGCCUCCUGAACGAUAUCAGUUGAGGGUACUGAAGCCCUUGGUCAAGAAAAUCGAGCAAUCAAUCGAAGACCCCGAAGAAGAUGAAAUCUCAGACCUCCUCAUGACCCACCUCUCCACCCUCAUCACCUCCACCCUCCCCUCCGAAUCCCAAGCCGUCCAACAAAAAUCCCACGUCACAUUCGUCUGCCUCCCACCCACCUCCCCCCAGCAAAACCUGCACCUUCCCCCCUCCGAAGAACCCACCCUCACCCUCCUCGAGCGCCCGCACCUCAUCUCCGGCUCCCUCACCACCGGCUUCCGCACCUGGGAAGCCGCGCUCCAUCUCGGCUCGUACCUCCUCACAUCCCCUGACCUCAUCCGAGGCAAGAACGUCCUGGAACUCGGCGCGGGAACGGGCUUCCUCUCCAUCCUCGCCGCGAAGCAUCUAGGCGCGCAGCACGUCACGGUUACGGAUGGCGACGAGGGGGUCGUGGAGGCUUUGAAGGAGAAUUUCUUCUUCAAUGGGCUCGAUGACGAGGGGGGCAGAGUUGGCGCGAGUGUGCUCCGGUGGGGGAGGGGCUUCAAGGGGACGUGGGUGGAGGAGGAGUUUGAGAAGUGGCCGGUGGAUCUUGUUGUUGGGGCGGAUAUUACGUACGAUAAGCAGGCUAUCUCGGCGCUUGUGGCGACGAUGAGGAUGCUGUUUGAGUUGAGGCCGGGUGUGCAGGUUUUGAUUGCGGGGACGGUGCGCAAUGCGGAGACGUUUGGGUCGUUUACGAGUGCUUGCGAACGAAACCACUUCGAAAUGACUGAGAUCGACUUUCAACCCAGACCGAUACGCGAGCAGACUGCGCUCUUCUAUGCCAAAGCAGUGCCGUUCAAAACAUUCCUGAUCCGUGGGCCUCCCAUUGAGAGGGCGAAUUGA